AGAACCUAGGUUGUUGUUGUACGCGCUAACAAACUUUUUAGUAUCUGCCAAGCCGUUUCUUUCAUCGCCGGCUGGCGCCCGUGGAUCGGCGCGGUCGCAAGUAUUUUUCUGCCGCCGGCAAGACGGUGAAGAGAAGGGCUGGCCAACGAUGGUCCGAUCUGGUAUGGGCAAGCCCGGCGGUAGCGGUAGCAACUCCAAAUCUGCAUUUAGGCGAGCUCUUUCGAAAGUACAUACUCAUAGGCAAGAACAGGGGUCUGCCAAAAAAGCUUCCGAUGGCUCUCGCUCAAAGAAACGGAGCUCCGUCAAGAAGAAACCAUGGAAGGACAAGUUGUACACCAGGUGUGCUCCUUCUAUCAUUAUAGAUCUCUUGGAAGACCUAGGUGAGCAGCAGAGAAGGCUUGUAGAAGAGAUGGGUUUUCAGGGAUUAUAUAGUCUGAAGCUACAUAAGCUGAAUAAACCGAUAGGAGCCUGGCUCCUAAGUAAAUUUGAUGCGGAAUUGUUGCUUUUUUUCGCUGGGACAAGCAGGGAGCUCAAGAUGACACCCGAGGAUGUUAAUCGUGUGAGUGGACUCCCUUGUUCCGGCCAGAUCAUAAUACCUCCAAGCACACAGGAUGUUAGUUCCAUGAAAGCAUAUUUUUGUGGUGUUUUUAGAAAAGAUUCAUGGGAUGAAAUCACCAUCAGUAGCCUUUUGAAGAUAAUUUCAAAAAAAUAUGUUGAUCCGAUGACAAAUGAUGAGAUCCUCCAAUUCAAGACCGCGUUUGCAUUUUGUGUUGUUACCAAAUUCUUAGCUCCACAGUCCCUUAAUAACUUCAUAUCAACACGAUAUCUGAAACCGGUGUUUGAUAUGGCGAACAUUCAUACAUACAACUAGGCACACUUUGUACUCGAGGAGCUCCGACAGGCCGCACUAUCCCUGCAAUUAAAACUUAAGCGUGCAAAAAACAUUGGAUACAUCAA